GUAUAUUAAGGGCCUUCUUCCCUCCAGACCCUACACAAGUCUUCUGUGUUUACAGAAUCUUCAUUAACCAAGAAGUUCAAAGUGAUAAGCCUAAUUGAUACACUGCAAUCCAGCUCCAAGAUAGGAAGCAGUGAACAUUUUGGUCUGGUUGGUAACUGACAGUUGCUAGAAAAAAAAAAAAUAUCCACAGACAUAACAUUUCUUAGUCCUGUCAAAUGCAUGCAACAGUGCUUAGAGGAACUUAUUAAAUAUUGGAUCUGCUCAGAACCUUCGGACCAGAAAGACAAAGUUAAAGCAAUUAAUAUAUAAUGUGGGGUUCCAGAAUACCAGAGUUUGGCACUCUCUUGGUCCUCCUUGCAAGAUUUACAUUCCCCAAACCUUUGCCGGAUUGGAAACAACAGCAUCAUGAAGAAGAGUUGAUCCAGAAGUUAUUUGGUGGGCAGAAGGUAGAGGGUCUAACAACAACCUGGAAUUUAUCAAGGGCAUCAAUGCCUUCGAAGCCAAAGAUGAAACUACCCCAGUACAUGAUUGAUAUCUACAACCAAUAUGCUGUUGACAGGACAUCAAUGCCAAUGGCUAACAUAAUCAGGAGCUUUGAUGUUGAAGAAAUUUUUAUAUCAUCACCUCAGAAAAGCUGCACGCACAGUCCUAUUCUGCGAUUCAACGUUACAAUUCCAAAGCAUGAAUCAGUGACAAAGGCAGAACUCAAGCUAAAGGUAUCUUUGGGAAAAUGGGGUUUUGGACACCUCAGUUUAUUCGAUGUGGUACACAAUCAACCGUCUAAUAUAUCCGAAAGCACAAACAACUUCUUGGCAUCUAAAGAUGUUGAAGACAAUGAAUCUGUAACAAUUGACAUCACCAAAACUGUUAAACGGUGGAUAGAAUCUAAGAUGGAAAAUCACAAGCUUAACAUGAUCUUGAAGGCCAAAAUGGGUCAGAAUACUUGUGCCAAAUCAGGAAUGGUUGGAGUCUCUUAUGACCGCAGUCACCCACCAAUUUUAAUAAUAUUUUCAGAUGAUCAGGGCAAUCACAUGAAAGAAACAAAGAUGGAGCUGAGCCAGAUGAUACUUCAUGAAAAAGAUAGAAACCCCCGUAUAUUUUUCAAAAACACCACUGCUACUCACAUGAAGGAACACAAUGAGGUUUGGAGAUCCGUAGCUGAGGGCAGGACAAGAUUGAAACGGAGCACAAGAGAUAUUGGUUGUCAUAAAGCAUCUAUGGUGGUACAAUUUAAAGAUAUUGGCUGGGACUCCUUUAUCCUUUUCCCUCAAAAGUAUGAUGCUGGUCAGUGUGUAGGGAAAUGUUACUAUCCAAUAUUGGAGAACAUGACACCUACCAAACAUGCUAUUAUCCAGGCAUUGAUGCAUAAUAAUAAGGUUAAGGGUGUCGACAUACCUUGCUGUGUGCCAACCAAACUUGAACCCUUGCAAGUUGCUUACAUGGAAAAUAAUAGACCUGUCAUUAUAACAAAUUAUGAAGGCAUGAAAGUAGUAGAGUGUGGAUGCCGGUAGUCCUGUUACCCUUUUUAUGGGAGAUAAUGUAACAUGUUGAGACCUGGACAAGGUUAUGACUUAAUAUAUUUAAUAUUGGACUGAACUGUGGAAGGAUUUCAAGUCUAAACUUGAAUUUACCAGGUAAUACACUACACUGAUGAUGUCCCCAAAUUGGGAUUUCCACCUGUUAAAAAAGGAUAAUUGCAAUGUUACUAAUGGGACAGGAACACGGGAAACGCAGGAUGGAUUGCAGCGGAACCAGGAUUGCCUUGGCACUAUUUUGCUUACAUGACCAAAACAAUAUGUAAAUUGGCAUAAUUAGCAACACUGUACUGUACAUGGAACUGGUGACAGUAGACUAAAAUGAGCAUCAUGAAGGAUCUGACAAAAGGCAAAAGAUAAUUUUGGACAUACUAGGCCUGUCUGGUAAUUGCCAGCUUUUUCAUGUUGCCAAUCUAGACAUGUAUUUAUAUUUCUGUAAAAUAUGUUGUACAAACUGUA